CUGGAGACAUCCAGCGGCGAUUCGUCCACACCAGCAGCUGAUAGCGCCGAUAGCGCCGAUAGCACCGAUAGCACCGAUAGUACCGAUAGUACCGAUGGCACAGAUCCUGGAACAGCUGUUGGAUACAAAUAACGAUAGCUCGCCUACGGAUACCAGCGACUCUCCGUCUCAAGGCAGCGUCGAUGACGGCCCGGUUACCGUCGAUGUCACGGUCACAGGCGACGGCAUGGAGACUACUAGCACAGCGACAACCAAACUCAUCCACAAGACCAGCACCAGGACGCGCCGAGUCCACCUUGUUACCAGGCAUGUCACCAAGCGUGUCCACAAGUUCCCUAACCCAGCUGGUGUUGCGACCCUGGAAGAAACUGCAUCGCCAACCAACAAGACCACAUCAAUUGUGACUCCGACAUUCCCGCUGCCCAUCGCCCGUUGCCCGCGCGCGGAUCAGCCAUGUGUAGGCGCUGGAUUUGCCUGUAAUGGGUACGAGUUCGGCCAGUGCAUCAACAACCGCUGGCUAAUGCGACCAUGCAGUAACGAUCGAGCGACUGCCUGUUUCAAUGCUGGCCCAGACCUGAUUGCUUGCGACUUCACCAAGGGCAGGUCGCUGCAGGUGUGUGAUGAUAUUCUAUCUCCUUUACCAGUUUGGCCGACUCGCAUCCAAUGUCCUGUUCCUGCGUGCUACUGACCAGGAGCGUGCCCUGAAUACUCCGGUGUACCCAGUACCUAGCUCAACUUUGCCGUCAAGCACCAAGGUGCGCUAAGAAGAAGAAGGAUGACGACGACGACGACGACGACAACGAUAGCGAUACUGAGGAUGACGAUGACGACUAUGUCUACAACAAGUACGGCGAGAAGAAGAAGAACACGUCGUCGACGUCGUCAUCAACCAACAUGGAGCUUAUCAAGGAGUCGGCUGGUAUCAACCUUAUCGACGAUCACAACCGGCGCGAGGACCCAGCGAUGCUGAUGGCCAAAGAUCCUGAGGCAUACUAUGGCCCUGACGGCCAUGUGCGGGCUGU